AUGGCGGACGCCGACGGCGCCGCGAAGCCCCGGCCCGGUCUGACGAACCGCAAGAACGCGGCGGCGGCGGCGGCGGCGACGACGACGACGACGACGACGACGGCCCCCCCGGACUCCCCGGAGCCGCGGUCGAUGUCGCGCACGCCCAGCUUCACCUCGGACGUGAUCGACGGCGGCUUCGCGUACCGCACGUGCGACAGCGGAAGCGCGUCGUCGCUCGCGUCGCUCGCGGAGGACGAGGUCGCGAAGUUCGUGAAGCCGGACCGGAAGCCGGAGAAGAUCCCGCACAAGGCCACGGGGCUGCUGUUCUGGACGAUGGUGAUGUACGCGUGGUACCAGAUUCUCGGCCUGCUGUUCAUCCCGAUCGGCGUCUACUUCGCCGUGCUCGCGUCGCCCGCGUUUUCCCCGAGCGCCAAGUUCGACUCGCACGCGGCGCAAGUCGGCAUCGUCGUGAUGAUCUACGCGUUUCUCGUGAGCGCGCUGAUCAUCUGCCCGGUGUACUUCGUGGUGUGCGCGCACCCGUACGUCCGGUUAGCGUUCGUGGGGUACGUGUCGUGGUACGCGCUGGUGGACGCGAAGACGCCGAUGAACGGCGGGCGGUUUCUGCCGUGGUUUCGGCGGCUUCCGUUCUGGGCGACGAUGGCGGAUUACUUCCCCGUGCGUCUGCACAAGAGCGUGGAUCUUGAUCCGAAGGGAAACUACCUGUUCGGGUACCACCCGCACGGGAUCAUCGGCGUCGGCGCGCUGAUAACGUUCGCGACGAACGCGACCGGGUUCGAGCAGGCGUUUCCCGGGCUGGACCUGCGUUUGCUCACGCUCGCGUCGAAUUUCUACUUGCCGUUCACGCGCGAGAUCUUGCUCGCGAUGGGCAUCAACAGCGUGAAGAAAGAGAGCGUGGAGACGAACUUGACGCGCAGGCCCGGCGCGUCCGUCGCGAUCGUCGUCGGCGGCGCCGCGGAGGCGCUCGACGCGCGGCCCGGAUGGGCGGUGUUGACGCUCGCGAGGAGGAAGGGAUUCGUGAAGCUCGCGAUGAAGACGGGCGCGAGCUUGGUGCCGGUGUUCGCGUUCGGGGAGAACGACAUCUUCGACCAGGUGGAUAACCCGGACGGGUCGCCGCUCAGGCGGUUUCAGACGUGGACGAAGCAGCUCAUAGGGGUGACGCCGCCGGCGUUUUACGGCAGGUCGCUCUCGAGAGGGAUCAUGCGGCGGAUAUUUCGGAGCGGCGCGGGGGUGAUGCCGAAACGCGAGAGCAUCGAGGUGGUCGUCGGGCAUCCGAUCAAGUGCCCGAAGAUGGCCGAACCGAGCGUGAAACAGAUAGACGAGUACCACCAAAAGUACAUCAGCGCGUUGAAGGAGUUGUACGACACGCACCGGCGGUUGUUUCACAAGCUGAAGCGCGAGGGGAGCGAGGACGACCUCGCCGCGCGAAUGAAGAGGAUGCAGAGCUUGCGGUUCAUAGACGAGUGAGGAGGAGGAGACGAGAGAGAAUAAGAGAGCGAGAGGGGACAAACGACGAACGAAACGCGCGUGGUUUGCGACGAGGAGAGGUAAAAGUAAUAUGAACGCGAAUAGAAGAACGAACG